CGCGGGGCCGGGGCCGGCGGGGAGGCGGGGAGCGGAGCGGGGUGUGCGCCGGGCGGGCUGCCGGGGGCCGCACUUCGCCGCGGGACGGCGGCGGGUGAACCCCAGCCCAGCCUGGCCCGGCCCGGCCCGGCCCGCUCCGCCGCCGGAGGGAACAGCGUAGCGCUGCGUCGGGACGAGCCCUGCCCGGCCAUGAUGCUGCCCGCGGCCGGUCCCAGCCCCGGGCAGACCUGCGGGGCCGUGCUGGUCGCCGCCGUGCUCCUGCAGUCCGUCUGCGUGGCCGUCACCUUUCUCUACUUCACCAACGAGCUCAAACAGCUCCGGGACACAUACUCCAAGAGCAGCAUCGCUUGUCUCACUGGGGAGGAAAUGGGAAAUUUCAUCCAAAACUUGGAUCUAAUUGAAAGUGAAGACAGAGCGGCUGACCCCUGCUGGCAAGUAAAGUGGCACCUGGGAAAGUUAAUUAAAAAGAUGAUGUCGAGAAGCUACGAGGAAAACAUAUCUGCAGUCAACGCUGACAGAACGCUGACGCUGUCGCAGACUGAUGGGCAGCAGCCGCGUGGUCCCAUCAACAGGAUUGCGGCACAUCUGACAGGCAACAGCAACAGGAAGAGUUCCCUGUCCCCACGCAAUUCCUCACCCAGGAGAGGGAAUGGCCAAAAAAUAAACAACUGGGAAUCGUCAAGGAAAGGCCACUCUUUCCUUUACAAUGUGGAACUGAGAAAUGGCGAGUUAGUGAUACCCCAAACAGGCUUUUAUUACAUCUACUCACAAACUUAUUUUCGUUUCCGUGAAAACGAGAACGAGGAUUCAGAUUUGUUGGCACAAAUCAGGAACCCCAAACAGCUUGUCCAAUAUGUUUACAAACUGACUAAUUACCCAGAGCCCAUUUUGCUCAUGAAAAGUGCAAGAACAAGCUGCUGGUCUAAAAAGGCAGAAUAUGGACUUUACUCCAUCUACCAAGGUGGUGUGUUUCAGCUGAAAAGAGAGGACAGGAUUUUCGUCUCCGUCAGUAAUGGUGACAUAGUUGACAUGGACAAAGAAGCAAGUUUUUUUGGAGCCUUUAUGAUUGCUUAAAAGAUUAAAACCAUGCUCCAAAGAAGCCAACUUUCCCGGUCAGGACCAACAUAAAAUUCUAUAAAACAGGGGAUAACAAACAAACACAGUAGUGAUACCAACAAUACCAGACUCCCCUUUCUCAGCUCACUCAGCGCGAGGUCUGACCGUACCAAAUACUCUCCCAGCAGCUGGGAAGAAGUGGCAGCCGCUGCCGAUGGUGACACUUUGUGCAGGCAUGAGCACCACAGCUUGCUGCCCAGCCAGGCUGGGGACAUGCAAGGAUGUCACCUGCCACAGAUGAUCCCUUUGGCCGAGAACCCCAGGCAGAUUAGACCUCGCCACCACCGCUGCAGAGAUAUUCCACACCAGCUGAGCCAUGGCAGGUGGGAUGGAGGAUACUGCAGGUCCGGUUACUUGAGGCUGGGGGACUGGAGAUCAAAUUCUAUUUGUGGUCUCCACUGGGACCCAGUCUUGGAUAUCUCAGCUCUUCUAAGGAGCCUUUGCAAGUCCUGCUUCCCUGAUGCCCAUGGAAUUACUCUGGAAGUUUUUGUUUGAAUCUGAGUUGUGCAAGAGUGAAAGGCCAUCAGAAACUCAAACUGCACAUCUUCAUCUCAUCUAACAAAGCACUUAAGCACCUAAUUAAUUUUAAGCACACGAACAGUAUGACCAAAUCAGAGUAUUUACAUGCUUGAAAUUAAAUAUGUGCUUAAGCAUUUUUCAGGAUCACGGCUUGAGUAAACACAUUAGCCUGUCUUAAUCAGGCUAUUGUACGUCAAAACAGCUGCUGAAAUGGCACAGAAGAGGUUUUGAAAUCAAUCAGUAUUUUGAUCAGCACAUUACGACAGUGCCUAUUUACCUAAUUGCUGUGCUGCAAAGAUCUCACCAGGCUUCCAAUAGCUUCAGUGAUGUAGUUGCCAUUACAUUUGUUGACAGCAAGUACUUGAUCCAGAAAGAAAGGUGUUUCUCUGUAAAUACUGAAUUCUAUUAGACAUAUCCACAAAUUAAGUAUGACAUGGUUCUUCCAUGUUUAUUUGUACUGGCCUGUAUUUGGUACAGAAUAAUACACCCUGAUGACUAAUAUAUUAAGGAAAACUUACAACUAUCCAUGCUUAAACAAGAACUGCAAUUUGGGUAAUGCUAUUUUUAUUUUUAGGAAUGGGUGGCAAAUUUUAAUAACUUUUUUUUUUUAACCGUGGCCACUGUAUGUUUUAACUCUAUGAGUAGAACUGUUUUAUAGUAAAAGAAAAAAAAAUAAAAAUAUUUGCAACUGUAAGCUGUGUGGGUUGGAUCCACAGCAUACAUCAGGUAGCAUUAAUCAGCACAUCUGCAGCAUUGCCAGUGGAGUGGUACCAGUUUGCACCAUGAAUGCAUUUUGACCAACUUCAGAGUAAACAGUAUGGAAAAGAUGGUGAAAGUGGAAAAAAAAUUAAUUGGAAGGGAAAGAAGACGAUUGUUAUGUAAAUGUGACUUUACAUCAAAAGAAUGAUGCCAGGAGAUAACCUGCUUGUCUGUUUUUUAAUACACUAAGACUGCCAUGGGUACCCUCACGUUCAUCUCCACGUUCUGGUAAUUAACAGGCCUUGAAUAUGGGCCUAAUGAGUAAACACACAUCAUUCAUCUUACUACUCUGCCAACAAGAGGAAAUGAAUAGACAUGAGCCCCUGCAUCUGUUUCGUCAUUCAGAAAAGGAGGUUCUUUGCUUCACUUAAAUACCUGUGUUUGAGCAGCAAGAAAAAAAAUCAGGAGUAGCCUUCUUUGGACAGGUUGGGGCAAAGAAACAUGCUGCUGUAAGCCUAAAAUGAUGAGCUUUAACUUUUGUCUGCUGUUCUAACAUAACAUCACAUAUGCUGUUUUCAGUGAUAAUCAAAUAUGUGAAAUUUGUCAUCAUUUACUGAAACACUUGGGUUUGCCUCAUUCUCAAAUAAUCUAUUUCAACAGAGAACAGAAAAUAUUUCUACAGUUUUCUUUCUGAUUUCAGUAUUUAAUUCAGAAAUUUUCUGCCUGCUAGAAAAGUCUAGAGAGAACAAAGCCAUUCCCUACGUAUCUGGAUGUCUGCUGCACUGGAGAAAUUGGCUUUGUAAGUUCUUGGAAGUAGACUAGGCUUCUGGAUCUCAGCAGAGGAUUGACCCAUGUUAUCAGGUUUGAGGUGGUUUUUAGCAAUACUGAAAAUUUAAUCUUAUGUGUAUAGAAAUGUUAUUUCAGGAGCUUAUUUGAAAGAAAUUUUAUCUGAACUGUGAAAAAGUAUUUCAGAUUUACUGGUGGCAGUUUAGAGUCAGAAAUCCUCCCUUAGGACUAAGGACCAAUUUGUGUAAUGUAGGAGUCAUGGCUGCUAGAAAGGACUGGAAGGAAACCAUGGGGGACUCCACAAACUUGCUGCUGAUGCUAAGACAAACUGUCUGUUACAAACAGAUACUUUCUCCUCUAUGUUCUCUCCUUAACUCUCAAUAUAUAACACCAUGCCAGCUGUCGCUUGAGGAAUGCUCCCUGGCAUUAUCUUCCUUUUUUCUCUAAAUGUACAUAUUUUUGGUCUCUACAUGCAGAGCAUAUCUCAGCAGGGAUCACACCAAAUAAUCAUCUUUCUGAAUAAUCCAAAGGCAUGCUUGCCAGAUAUUAUCUUGAGGAGAGACUAUCUAGCAGUGUCUGACAGGACACGUUUGAAGAUGAAUGGAAAGAUAUAGCAACUUCUGUUUGUACAUUUGCACCCUGAAUCAUGCUUUUCAUCUCACUUUAUGUUGAAUGGCGAAUGUAGCAAAUUUUUGUGGAUGGAGGCUGUGGUAACAUGUGAAUAUUGUAAUUUUUCUACAUUUUAUAUAAAAAAUUUUUAGUAAAUA